AUGGCAGACCAAUUGACCGAAGAGCAGAUCGCUGAAUUCAAGGAGGCAUUCUCCCUCUUUGACAAGGACGGUGAUGGCACCAUCACAACCAAGGAGCUGGGCACCGUCAUGCGCUCCCUUGGUCAGAACCCUACCGAAGCUGAGCUUCAGGACAUGAUCAACGAGGUUGACGCCGAUGGAAAUGGCACAAUCGACUUUCCUGAAUUCUUGACCAUGAUGGCACGGAAAAUGAAGGACACUGACUCUGAAGAGGAAAUCAAGGAGGCAUUCAAGGUCUUUGACAAGGACGGCAACGGUUUCAUUUCCGCCGCAGAGCUCAGGCACGUCAUGACCAACCUUGGGGAGAAACUUACGGACGAGGAAGUCGACGAAAUGAUUCGCGAAGCUGACGUCGACGGUGACGGACAAAUCAACUAUGAGGAGUUCGUGAAGAUGAUGAUGUCCAAAUAA